AGCAAAGAACUUUGGAAACCCAGAAUCAAGUGUAAAUUCCUAGUAUUUGUCCUCAAACCCGAAGUAAGGAAUAAGAAGCAGCCCACCUUGAUUUUUUUGCCCCUAUAAAAAUUAGCACAAAAAGCUAAAGUUUCAGUCUUGUAUUGGACAAUGGAAACACAUAAUACAUACCCAAACCCAUACCCCUCUCUCUCUCUCUAAAGUUGCUUUCAAAUGUUAAAAUUUGUGCAUGUUUUGAUCACAACCCAUUAUUUAUUUCUCCACGCCCACAUGGGUAAAACUCUCCAAAACCCACAACCCAUUUGAACCGCUUUAUUAUUUGCCCAUGCCCUGAGAACCGUACGCGUCAGAACAUAAACCAAGGUAUAGAAGCUUGAGAGAGAGAGAGAGAGAGAGAGAGAGAGAGAGAGAGAGAGAGAGUUACGUAGGGUUUUUCUUGUUCUUGGGGGGUUUUGGAGCUCUGAAUUGGGUUUUCGCAUGAUGGAUUUAGCAAAAAGCCAGAACAAAUGGUGCCAUUUUGAUCACAGAAGAAGACAACACCACCGACGCACGAACUCACAAACAGAUACAAUACAAGAAUCAAGAAACAAGACAAACUCCCCAGACAUGGCUCCUACAUAUUACAAGACCUCCCCAAUCAUUCCUACUUUUGUUGUUUUCUUCUUCCUUGUCACUUCCUCUGUUUUUCCAGUCCAUUCGUACGAUUUCAACCAGGCCAAUCAAACCUUCCGACCCACCGAAGAGCUACAGAAGUUGCAAAUGAUCAGAGCUCAUCUCGAGAAAAUCAAUAAACCAUCUACCAAGACAAUUCAGAGUCCGGAUGGUGAUCUGAUAGACUGUGUUCCCUCUCAUCAACAACCAGCAUUUGAUCACCCUCAAUUAAAAGGGCAAAACCCAUUGGAAUCACCAGAGACACCAAAAGGCGAAAACCCAGAUGAAAUGGAAUUGGAAAAUCAUCAGUUGUGGAGCUUGAGUGGGGAAUCAUGUCCAGAAGGAACAAUUCCAAUCAGAAGAACAACUGAACAAGAUGUUCUGAGAGCUAGUUCCAUCCAAAGAUUCGGAAGGAAAAUUCGACGGCCUAUUCGACGAGACUCUUCAAGCAAUGGCCAUGAGCAUGCGGUUGGGUACGUAAGUGGACAAGAGUAUUAUGGAGCAAAAGCAAGUAUAAAUGUAUGGGCACCUCGGGUAGCUAACCAAUAUGAAUUCAGCUUGUCACAGAUGUGGGUCAUCUCUGGUUCAUUUGGGAACGAUCUUAACACCAUUGAAGCUGGUUGGCAGGUUAGCCCAGAGCUGUAUGGAGACAGCUACCCAAGGUUCUUCACUUACUGGACUAGUGAUGCGUACCAAGCGACCGGAUGCUACAAUUUGCUGUGUUCGGGUUUUGUUCAAACGAACAAUAGGAUUGCCAUCGGGGCUGCGAUUUCCCCUAGGUCGUCGUACAAGGGUGGUCAAUAUGAUAUCAGCUUACUAGUUUGGAAGGAUCCGAAGCAUGGGAAUUGGUGGCUUCAAUUCGGAUCCGGGCCCCUAGUCGGGUACUGGCCCUCAUUCUUGUUCACGCACUUGCGGAACCACGCAAACAUGGUCCAAUUUGGUGGAGAAGUCGUGAAUACUAGGCCGUCGGGUACUCACACAUCGACCCAAAUGGGUAGCGGGCAUUUUUCCGGAGAAGGGUUUGGAAAAGCAUCUUAUUUUCGUAAUUUACAAGUGGUUGACUGGGACAACAGCUUGAUUCCGGUAUCGAAUCUCCGGGUUUUAGCUGAUCACCCAAAUUGUUACGAUAUAAGAGGAGGGAUUAAUAACGUGUGGGGGAAUUAUUUUUACUAUGGUGGACCCGGAAGAAAUGUGAGGUGUCCCUAAGGGAAAAGGUAAAAUGGGUUGAAUAGGUUUUUAAUUUCCAUUUUUCUUCCCUUUAUCUUUUUUUUUGGGGUGAUUUGGGUUUUUCUUCUUUGAGCUUGUUUGGGGGCUAUCAGUAUAUUUAGUUUUUUAAGAAAUUAUUACUAUUUUUCAGUCUAACAGGUGAACAAUUAAUUUUACCACCUUUAGGUACUCUUGAUGUAAAUGGGAAAAGAAAUUGUGAAUAUAUUACGGUUGUGAUUUCAUUUCUGACAA